AUGAAGGAAGCCUCGAGUAUGCUUGGAAGAAAAAUAUCUUUGUUUGCGGAACCAACAGCUGAAGAAUUUCAUGAAAUCCCCGAGGACAUACCAUCUAAACUUGUUUUCUUAGAUCACAAUUCACAACUCAAUGAGCCCUCUGUAAUGUGGCAUCUUCCACAAUCACUCGUGAAGAUGCUCCUAAAUGCCUCCAAACAAAAAUUGAAUUUCAAGAAUGCAAUCAACUACCAAAAGUACCGCACUUUUGUAGGGUUGAACCCAAGGAUUCAUGUCAUAGCAAAACCAUUGAUAAUUCACCAUUCAAGCAAAAAACCAUGA